AUGUCUUUAGGAGAUGCAUCUGCGCCAGCAGCAUCACCGACACCAGACAGCGGCAGCCCGGUGACGGCAGCAGCGCCUGGCCCGCCUACAGCGCCAACACCCAACGAUGAGACCAAGUCGCAUGUUCAAGAUGUGCUUUCCUCAGAGAUUGGCAUUGCGACGAUGCUCAACCGAUUGAAACAGAGCAUUGCGUCCGCCAAGGAAUUCGCGACCUUCCUCAAAAAGCGCUCAGUACUCGAAGACGAACAUGCGAACGGCCUCCGAAAACUCUGCAAAGCAUCCCACGAGAGCUCAUCCCGCUCGGAACACAGGGGCGGAACCUUCGCCAAAGCCUACGAAGACAUGAUGACGAUCCACGAGCGCAUGGCCGAAAACGGAACCCAAUUCGCCAUGUCCCUCCACCAGAUGCACGAGGACCUAUUGGAGCUUGCUGGGAUUGCCGAGAAAUCCAGGAAAGGAUGGAAGCAAAGUGGACUGACGGCCGAACAACGAGUGGCCGACCUCGAGGCCGCUAUGCGCAAGUCCAAGUCCAAGUACGAUGCCUUGGCCGAAGAGUACGACCGAGCCCGCACCGGCGACACGACUGGUCAACAAAAAGGCAAAAUGUUCGGCUUCAAGGGCCCCAAGUCAGCUGCCCAGCAUGAAGAAGACCUCUUGCGAAAGGCCCAGGCCGCGGAUCAGGAUUACCAGGCCAAGGUGAACACCGUACAGCAGGAACGCGGAGAGCUGCUCAACAAGAUACGGCCGGACACCAUCAGGGCCCUUCAAGAGAUUGUUAGAGAGUGUGACGCAGGUGUUGUCUUGCAAAUGCAAAAGUUCGCAUCCUUUAAUGAGAAGCUCUUGCUUAGUAACGGCUUGAGUAUCAGCCCUCUGAAAAAUGGACCGGAAGCACGCAGUUUGCGCGAGUGCGUACAGGCCAUCAAUAAUGACAAGGACCUGGAUGAGUAUCUUCUCAACCAGUAUCCGCGACUACCUCCGAGGACGGGGGAGCCUAAAUAUGAAAAGAACGUUCUCCUGGAUCCGGCAAAUCGCACUACUACCACUCCAUAUGUGCCACCGGGUGGCAGUCAACCAACAGCACCCUCGCAUUCCCGAGAAUAUGGGUCGAUGAACUCAAGGACAGGACCUUUGAACGAUACUCCCAGUGCGCCUCUGGGCCAUCACUACGGCCAAAGCUCUUCCUCGAUUCCGAUGAUGGCAUCUGCUCAGCAGUCGGAAUCACAGCCUUCGCAUGAACGUAGCUUUAGCCACGGAAAUAUCCUUAAUCAGAUGAGCACCCCUUUUAACCCUCAGUAUGGCGAUUCUCGGGGUGCGGCGACCCAACAGGCCCAGGCCGCAAGCUCCAGGUACAAUGGCGCCAUUGGAUCGAUCUCAUCCUCGGGCCCUCCACAACUGGGAGCGCUACCAUUCCAAUACUCCCAGGCUCAAUCACCACCAGCCCCAACCCAACAACCACCGCAACAGCCAUCUCAGCCGCCACCACAACAACAACCACCACAACCACCGCCAUUCAGUCAACCUCCUCCGCAAUCCCCAGCGCCACUACCAAAUCCAAGCCAGCAGGGAUAUCCUGCCGGUCCUGCACAGGGCAGACAGUCGACACCGCCAAUGGCUCAGCCUACGCGGCCAGUGUUUGGUGUGUCGCUAUCCAGGUUAUAUGAGAGAGAUGGGCUGGCGGUUCCCAUGGUUGUUUAUCAGUGCAUCCAGGCUGUGGACCUCUUCGGCCUUGGCCUCGAAGGCAUAUACCGACUUUCUGGCUCCGUGCCCCAUGUGAACAAGCUCAAGACUCUCUUUGACACAGAUUCUGGUUCCAGCAAUCUCGACUUCCGCAACCCCGAAAACUUCUUCCACGACGUCAACAGUGUAGCCGGCCUGUUGAAGCAGUUCUUCCGCGAUCUCCCCGACCCGUUGUUGACUAAGGAGCACUACGCGUCGUUUAUCGAGGCAGCCAAAAACGAAGACGAAACAGUGCGCCGUGACUCCCUCCACGCCAUCAUCAACAGCCUUCCCGAUCCCAACUACGCCACCCUCCGCGCCUUGACUCUGCACCUGAAACGCGUCAUCGACAACUCGAGCGUCAACCGGAUGACCUCGCAGAAUUUGGCCAUCGUUUUUGGGCCGACGCUGCUGGGCACUGCUGGUCCCGGUGCCAACAUUGCGGAUGCCGGGUGGCAGGUUCGCGUGGUGGAUACCAUCUUGCAGAAUACGUAUCAGAUCUUUGAUGAUGAUGACUGA